AUGACAAUUUUAAUCUGUAAACUAAGCCUUAGGCAAAGCUUCUAUCCAUGCAAAGCAACUAAAAGGGUUUCACAGUCAGUCAAAUCACUCUAUAGAGGCGCCAUUUCGUCUAGGGGCAAGGUGCCGGUGGAUCUGAAGAAGCAGAUGUUUCUAGAAUUCAGGACAAAGUGUUUUUGGAACCCGGAACAUGAGACACUAGUAGCGCAAAAUUUCGAGAAAAAGGCGGGGAAUAUACUUAAGCAUGCGUUACGUAGAGCCCGUCAAAAAGUCCUGCAGCCUAAGUGGACCCGUGAUGAUAACAGGAAGAAACUGCUGCACUUCUGGGCAACUGAUCCGACGUUUUUAAAGCAAAGCGAAAAUGGGAAGAAGGCCAGGGCCUCAGAUAAGGGUGGAUUUCCACACACUAGUGGGGCCACCAGCCAUGAGGACGUUAGGAUGAAGCUGACGCUCGAGAGGGGUCAGGAAGUACCUCAAGAUGAAGUCUUCAAGAUUACUCACACGAGGAAGGCGAAGAACGCCGAUGGUACGGACCAAUGGAUUGAGCCUAGGGCUCAGCAAACCUAUACUGAGUUUCAACGACACAAGUUAGAAUAUUGUGCCAGUCAGCCAACCGGGACGUCGAUGACCAACGAGAUAAUUGCUCAGCAGUGGAUGGAGAAGAUAGCUCCCCCGACAAGGUAUGGGAUAGUUUAUGGGAUGCCUAAUCGAGCAUGUCGUCAAUUUCUGUCAUUCCUUCAAGGCGUAGGUACUACUUCUGAAGGGGCAGUGGAUCCUAAGGAGUAUCAAGAAAUGAAGCUGAAAGUUAAUCAACUAACAAGUACACUUAGUUCCACGGAGGCAAGGAUGUUGCAUAUGCAGGCCCAAAUUGACAGCUUACUCAACUCGGGGCCCUCUCAUAUUCCCCCGUAUCCCGGGGAUGCUCGUAGGUCACAACCCAGUAGACGACGUAGGUCACAAGACAAUGUAGUUCAUGCUCUUGUUGAUGAGGAUAGUGGGGAGGAAUCGGAUCAUGUCUCUAACACCUAAUGUUGACUCUUUUGAUUUGUAUACUUUUGGAUUGUAAUAUUGCUAUGUUUUCUUGGAUAUGUAUAUUUUUUUAUGAUAGUUUUAAUUC